UAAGCAUAGAAAACAAAGUAGAGCUCCUAAAAAGGAAGCAGACCUUGUAAAGGUGGAAAGAUGAGGAAUUAAAUAUGUGCCAGAAAAUAUUGAAAAAUAGAAAAUAACUAAUAUGCAGCUUCUGUCCUCAAGAACAAGAGCAGUCUGGGGACUGUAAUUCUUUUGGCCAUUUAAAAGGGCAGCAAAGGACAUGAGGCUCAUGAGACAGGACAAGAGCAUGGGGAUAGUUUUAGGGGCUGAAACAAAGACUGAAUGAGUUGGCUCAAAGAGAAAGCUGGGUGGGACUUAAGUGAAGAAUACCCUGAUCUGAUCACAGCUGUGUCGCCAAGAUUUCUCCUUUCCCAUUGUUAUUGUACCUCUGCUGGUGUCCAGAACUCUGACUGGAUGUCUCCAGGCUGGUGUCAGGGCUGGCUGAGUCUGAUGAUCUACUCAGUUGUGUCAUCUCUGGGAAGCAUGCCAAGGUUCUUUCUCCAAGACACUUUUAGCUUUUCUUCUGUUCCCUUCUUCCAUCUCUAGUGGACAUAUAAGCCUGUUAUUCUCUCACCAUAUUCACCUGGACAUAUGUGAACUGAUUCCCUAAAACUUUGAAUCAGCCCUUUUGGGCAAGUGGGUUGGUUGAAAACCUGUGUGUUUUGUAACCUAAUGGAUGGAAUGCACAUGGAUGUAAGCUUCGUGACACACAGAACCAACUGAUCUUGCAGAGGUGCUGAGAUUCCAGAGGACUGGCCUCGCUAUAAACACCAGCAACAUCUGCAAGACAAACACCCCCUGGACUUCCAGGCGAGGACUCGAGGUAACCUCACGGAGCUCUGGAUCUGAGAACGCGAAAGCACAGAUGUUUCUUGAACUUGUGUUCUAAGUUGUCUAUGGAACUAAUGUGUCAUCCUUUGACACACGAAGUGGAAUCUCUGUGAGUUCCAUGUUCUGCUGCACUGUGGUAUCUCAUCAAAGGGCCAGAUGUCAGUGCUGGAAAACCUCAGCUCUUGCCAGGGAAAACCAUGAUCUGAGGAAGCAGAGUUUGUGUGAUUUAGUCAUUGUCACAUUUGUCUCCCACCAGCUUGUCGUUAUUUUUUUUCAAAUCACGUGAUCCACUUUUCUCUUCUGCCCGUGUUUUUUAUUCCUCCCAGAAGUACAUUCUGGGUUUUGCUUGCAUUAUUUUUCAUUUAGUGUUUCAAAGAUUUAAAAAAAAAAGUUGGAAAGAAAAAUCUGGACUUAUAGCUGGUGCCCCAUUUUAGAUGUAAAGAUAGUUACUCAAUAGAUAGUAAAUUAUUUCUCCUAAGAGAUAUUUCCUUUGGUUUCUGUGCAACAAUAUGUAUGAACUCGGGUACUAGGAGAUUGUAUUGUGACAUUAUCAACCCUUAUUGCUAUUUAAAAAAUGAUAGUUUGUAGAACUGAGGAUUUCCAUUGAUGUGAAGCACAAUUUAAUGAAUAAGUUAGCAUAUUAAACUGUUGUGAUGUCAAGA